UGAAAAUUUUGUUUACUGUAAAAAGUGAGAGGAAAUAUUUGACUAGUGACAGAAAUAUUUCUUCUUAGGAUGUUAUUCAGCUCUAUGGAGUAAUGGAAAAUGUGGAAAGGGAGGAUUUCCUUGAGUAUACUCUGAAGAAACCAAUAUUUUUACGUGUGGGGAGUCCUACAGUUGAAUUUAAGUCUGGUUGCUGUGUUAGAGACGUGUUGUUUCUGCAAGAGCAACCAGUUGAGAUUGGAUAUUUUUCAUUCCAAAACAACUACACAGCAUCCAUUAGUGUAAAAUACAAAUCAUCAGAUGGAUCGUGGAAAGUUUGUUUAAAAAAUCACAUUUUGAUGCCAUCAGCUCACUGCGAGGAAGGAAGUCAGAGUGUUUUCACCGUAAAAUCAGAUAUGAUGUUAUGUCCCAUACGAAAAGCAAAUAUGGUUCGUCUUCUUCUCAGGCAACCCUCUCCACAUUGGCUGGAUUUUUCCAUAGAAGAUCUAAGAUUUUACCCCCCGCGCAAGGUAAGCAGUUGCUUGGCGAAUGUUCUUGCCUCAAACGUCGAAGAUAUCUCUGUUGAUGAUGAUAAGACUGAAAGUGAACGUGUUGUGAAUGUCGCAAGUAAGCUUCAACACAUGUGGGCCCUGACUCAGUCCGUAUCUUCUGAGAAUGGAUCGACCGAUGAAAACACCCAUUUCGACAUUGAUGGCUGUUACGACCUGAAUCUUUUGUCUUACACGUGACAUGACAAGAGUGAAUUCCUGUCAUCGACCAUGUCAAGGUUAGCAUUUGUCUCGAAGGAGAGGAACUACUGCAAUCUGUUCUUAUUGCCAAUUUUUAGGAUGAAGUUUUUGAAACUCUGCAAAUGUUUUGGCGCUUGGUUUAAUAGUGUUGUAGAUAAACUCAAUUUGUGCAAAGAAAUGUAGUAUAUAUUGCUCAAA